AUGCCGCCAUUCGUCUCAUCUCUCACCAUCCGUACGCUGCGGACUAUCAUUCAGCGUCCCACCUUCACUGCCAUUGCCGCUCCGAAGCCCUCAUACUCCAUCCCCCGAUUCCAACCCAUCCUCCGCACACCCACGGCCGUUGCGGCCGCAGCCACUCCCAGCCUUGCAAUCCGCCAGUUCUCGACCUCCCCAUUCCGCCAGGCAACCUACAACCAAGUCCGUCGCGGAUGCCGUGUUGCUCAGCGGGCGCGCCGUGCCCGGUCUCCCGCGCUCAAAGAUAGGCCUGAGAUGAAGGGUGUGUGCUUGAAGACGGGUAUCACGAAGCCCAAGAAGCCUAACUCCGGUGAGAGGAAGACGGCAAGAGUACGCUUGAGUAGUGGCAAGGUGGUUACGGCUUAUAUUCCUGGUGAAGGCCAUAAUGUGCAGCAGCACAGUGUUGUUCUUGUUCGUGGUGGACGUGCUCAGGAUUGCCCUGGUGUGAAGUACCAUUUGGUUCGGGGUGCUAUGGAUCUGGGUGGUGUUGCCAACCGGUUGACAAGCAGAUCCAAAUAUGGUACUAAGAAGCCGAAGAGGGAUUAA